CGAGCGUCUCAUGAGUGUGAGGUCGUUUGGUGUUGGAAGCAUCCCAGACACAGUGAUGGGAUCAGGGCGCAGCUUGACGUCGCCCCCCAAAGUGUUGCCCUGCGGUCUGGUGACGAGCGUCUCAUGAGUGUGAGGUCGUUUGGUGUUGGAAGCAUCCCAGACACAGUGAUGGGAUCAGGGCGCAGCUUGACGUCCGCCCCCCAAAGUGUUGCCCUGCGGUCUGGUGACGAGCGUCUCAUGAGUGUGAUGUGUUUUGAGGGAUUUUCUCCAUGUGAUCCGGAGAUGGAUGAUUGGUGCUCGCCAUCACGUAAGGCAGAGUGGCGUGACGCGGUAGUGGAUGAAGUGUUGGAUCGAGUGACUGAGAUGGAUGAGUGGUGUUGGCCCCCUCGUCAAGCUGCAUCUAAGCGGUAUCUUGAUGCUGGGAUAAUGGAUUCGGGCGAGGGAGUUGUCGGUGGGAGUGGGUUAUGUAACCGUCCUCGAGUUGUGCAUCCGUUAUCGUGCAGUGCCGUGGGCCCAGCUUUAUUAAAUUCUUAUUCUCCCGUGUUUCGGCCGAGUAGUACGUCGGUGCGUAAGACGAUGUUGUUGAAUGGAGGAAAGAAGUUGUCGUUGCCAGUUUUACAAGCUUCGGAUUGGUCUUUCCCGAAGACCCCGCUGUUUGCAGGUGCGGGGAACCCCCAAGAGCGAUGGUUGAAUGUGCCGUCAGCGUUACCGAUGGACAGAAGCUCUUGGAAGAUUUCGCAAAAGGCGACAAUUGGCAUGUCGGGUCAGGAAUCCCAACAUGCCCUUCCAGUGGUGGAGGACCUUGAUUUGUUAAAGGGAUUGCCGAAUGGACAGCUGGAGGAAGUGGAGCGGGAUAUGAUGCCAAGCGUGAUAGGGAGCGAGGGAAAUGCCUGUACGAAUAGCAAUGCAUCGCGCAGCUACCUGGGAGUUGAGGACACAAAGGAAUCAUCGCUUAUGCAGCAGAGUAGUGAAGUCUCGGAAGGAGGGAAGGAGGCCGAUGCGAUGAACGUCAGGAAUGGAUUGGAGAAGCUGGCUGUAUCCGCUAGAGUUGAAGAUGAGGUGGUGUUAAUGGACUACGGAGAUGGUCCGUGGAGUGUGCAAGAGAGCCCUUAUUCGUUGGAAAUUUUUGAGGUGUCUGUGCCUGAUAUGUCGGCGGAGUCGGGUGCUGAUAUUUGGUUCGAAAGUACGAACCGGAGCAUGUUUUUGAAGUUGUUGCGGGAUCUUGAGGAGGCAGACCGAAUAAUUCAUAAACCGGCGAAGUUGCUACGAGAGCUAAGGGAAAUUGAGGAAUGUCGUUAUUGGAAUCGGGCUUAG